AGGAGGCGGGGAGCCUGAACGCCUCUCCGUGUGGGGCGGUUGGUUGUCAGCGCUCAGUCCGAGCGAACACACAACAAGAGCGGACUCGGCCGAGAAGAGGCGCCACAGCCCUGCCUCCUGUCAGCACGGCGGCCCGAACCCCGACUCCGAAAUAAGCGAACGUUCAAGCCAGCGGCUAUGGAGGGGGACAGCGACAAAGUAGAACCGGUCGAGAGCGAGCAAGACGAAGAAGAGGAUGUAUACGAAGUGGAAAGGAUCAUUGACAUGCGUGUGGAAGAGGGCGAAGUGCUUUACAGAGUUCGCUGGAAGAACUACUGCUCCGACGAUGACACCUGGGAGCCCGAAGCGCAUCUAGAGGACUGCCACGAAGUCCUGUUGGCCUUUAAAAGGCACCAAGCAGAGCUGAAAGCCAAGAGAGAAGCCGAGUCCAAGAAACCUGUGCAGAAACUGUUGCCCACAAAGAGCGACGUCUUCGAUGCCGACUCGGAGAGCGACAGCGACAAGGACCUCCCGAAAGAGGAGCCCAUCAAAAAGAAGAAGAAGAAGAAAAGGAUCCGGGAAGAAGAGGACGAGUCCCCUCCAAAGGAGAAGAAGAAGAAAAAGAAAGACAAACGCAAAGACGAGCUGAAGCCCCUUCCUGCGCCGGAAACGGACGACGACGAGGAGGCGGCCCAGACCCCGCCCUCUUCGCCAAAAGGGGGCCGGGUCGAACCGAAAAAGCGCUUUGUUGACUCUGAUGAGGAGCUGGACGACGUGGCUUCUUUCAAAAAACAAAAGAAGGACAAGGACAGGGAGGGAGGGAAGCAUAAGAGAGACAAAGGAGAGGAGGGGAAGAAGAAGAAGAAAGGGAAAAAGGAGCGAAAAAUCGACACCUCCGAAGAUGAGGCCACGGCUCCUGUAGAGGAGGAUCUGAGCGAGGGUCCGUCCGAGUCGCAAAUGGACGACUGUGCGUCAGCAGAGGCUGCUGCUAAGCCGGUGGAGAAGACCAGUUUGGAAGAUAAGGUCAGACAAAAGAAGGGCAAGUGGGAGGUGAAGCUGCAGGGCAUCAAGAACCUCAUUAGUGACAAGAAGAGCAAAAAGGCAGAAGGCAGCCAGAAAGAGAGCGGCCUCCAAAAAUCCAAGAGUUCUAAAAGCAAGGAGGACACGGCACUACAGUCCGACUCCAGCGACAGCUCCGCCAUCCAUAAAAAGGCCAAGAGCAAAGGGAAUGACGGCACAGCCGCGCCGCAGAAGGUCCCUUCCUCCUCCACCUCCUCUGCGUCGUCCUCGUCCUCCACCACGCUCACUACCAAUAAGGCCAAGGAGGACGAGGUGACUAAAGAGGAGGCGCUGGGGCAGAAAGACGCCAGCGGCUCGACUAAUCUGUUCGAAAAGUUUCUGUUAAACUGCGAGGCCAAGGACCGGGCCCCCCGCAGGCCGGCACCGGUCACAGACAAGAGCAGCGCCAAGCCCGCAAAGCUGAUCGGAAAGAUUGAGAAGAUCCCCAAGCAGUCCAAGGAGUCUCCUUCUCAGCGAGCGGAGGUGGAGAAGAGCGAGAGGACGAAGCAGCUGGACGCCCCCAGACCCAGCCAGAGCCACGGCUUCAGCCUGGACAGCGACGAGCGGGAAGAGGAGCCCACGGGAAAGCCGCGGCCGGCAGACGACCCCAGAGAGCGGAAGGAGCGGGCGGAGGAAGCCCAGCGUCCAUCUUGGGAGAGGAGAACAUCGACGGACGACAGGAGGAAGAGGAAGGAGGACAGUGAGCCCAGGCUCUUCAUAUCCUGCGAUGAGAAUCAGGAACCACCAGAGGGCAAUGACAAAUCUGAGAAGGGUCAAGCCACCUUGAGCCUAGGAAUGGAUCUGAACCUCGACUGGAUGACGCUAGAUAACUUCCAGAAGCAUUUGAACGGAGAGGAUGAGAUCUUAUCAGGUCCACCGCUAUCGCCCAGUGAGCUGCGAGAUGCUGUGAAAAGCGGAGAUUACAUGGCUGUUAAAUUGGCACUAAAUUCUAAAGAGGACUACAAUCUGGAACAAGAGGCAAGUACUAUUGAUGAGAAGAGAUAUGAAGGACAGAGGAACUUGAUUGAAGAGCGCAGUUCCAGUGGGACUCUUAUGCUCACUUCUAGCAAUGAAACUAAAAGAAAUAAAGAGGGCAUUCCAGCAGCAAUGAAGGACAAUAUCCCUCAAGAUAUGGAUGAUCCCCAGAUUGACAGUAGAAUUUCAAGCUCCCAAACUAGUACAAAAGCCAAGAAAGUAACUGUGAAGAAACAUAAAAAGAAACUACGGGUUAGAGGCAAAAAAAGAGAAUCCAAGAAAACAUCAUGUGAUUCAUCAAUCCCCCAGAAAAAUCAAAGAGAGGAAGAGAAGAGUGCUGAUGACACAAAUGGUGCUUUAUCAACCCAAAUGACUUUGAACAUUAACUUAGAUUUAACCAAAAAUACAGAAGAGAUAGUAAACCAGGUAGACGAUGGAACAGAACAAAAGCACAAAGCUAAUGAAAUCAAAGCUGCCAACCAAGGAAAUGACCCCGGUGAGAACACAGAUGGUGCAAUGUUGGAAAACGCUGACGGUAUGGAUCAAGUGCUCUCAAAGUCUGAGACAAAAGAGACAGUUAAAACACAUUGGCUCCGCAGGAGAAAAACUACUGAGAUCAGAUUGCCAACACGAUCAAGUCUGAGGACCCACAAAAAAGUGCUUGAACCAAAACCUAUUAGUGUUGUUAAAGAAAAAAAGGAGACUUACAAGAAACACUUAUGUGUUUAUUGCAAAAGUUAUUUUACUCAAAUUGCAAGACAUUUGGAAAAUAAGCAUGUAGAAGAACCAGAUGUUGCCCAUGCCAUGCACUUUCCCAAAGGUUCCAAAGUAAGACAGACCUUGCUGGACCAGAUCCGUGACAAAGGAAAGUGUAAGAACAAUUGUGAUGUUUCUAAAAGUGUUGAGGGAGAAAUUGUAACCAAGAAUCAGUUGAAGAAACCAACCAUAUCUGUGCGUGACUUCUUGCCCUGCCAGUAUUGUCUUGCAUUUUAUCGCAAAACUGAUUUAUGGAGACAUGAGCGGACAUGUAAAACUAGAAAAGGAGACCAGAAAUCUCCUGAAAAGAUAAAAAGAUUCACAGGGUGCAGUUCUGUCUCCGACCUGCUUCCAAUGUCGGAGUUCUUAACUGGAAGCUGCAAAGAAAUCAUUCAAAUCAUGCAUCAAGAUGAUAUUUCAAGACACAUCCAGUUAGACCCACUUAUUUGUAAGUACGGUAAUACAUUGUCUGCCAAGUAUGACCAUGACAAGUCUCAGUUUGCCUACAUUGCACAAAAGAUGAGGGAGUUGGGUAGGUUUGUCCUGGCUGUAAAUGAGCUUGACAAGACCGUGAAGUAUCUACAUGAAAUUUGUCUACCAUCUAGGUUUGAAUUAGCUGUUGAAGGAGUCAAAAAAGUCAGUGGCUUUGACCCUACUUCUAGUACAUUUAAAACAAUUUCCCUUGUCUCAAAGAUUGGCUACUCUUUAAAACGAGCAGCGGAGAUAGCGUUUGGAGAAAGUCGCAUGACAGAGGACAGCGAAACGGAAAGCGAAUUGAGAAUGUUCAUCGAACUACUUGAUACAAAAUGGAGUGAGUGUUUCUCUCGAAAGGCACUUGCCUGCUCUUUAAAGCAAGAAGCCAAAAAAGUGGAUGUAGACAAAUCAACUGUGACAGAAGACUUAAUAAAACUCCACAGAUUUAUUACAGGAGAAGAAGAAGAAGCCAGGAAGGAUUUAAAAGAGAAUGCCACCAUGUCAACAUGGAAGAAGCUAGGUGAAGCCACUUUAGCAAACGUGUGUCUUUUUAACAGGAGAAGAGUGGGAAAUAUAGGAAGGCUUUUUCUGAAAACUUACACUCAAAGAACGAGUGGGGAAACAUGUGUGCUCUCUGCAGAUCAAGUCAGAAAAAGCACCAAACUGGAGAUGGAACUCUGUUCUAGUUUUACAAGACUGGAACUUGAAGGUCAGUAUGGAAGAAACAUGCUGGUUCUGUUAACGGACCGGAUGGUUUCGUCAAUUGACUUGCUUGUUGAAAACAGGGAGCAAGCAGGGGUCUCCAAAACUAACCCAUACCUGUUUGCAAGGACUGAAGGGCCCUCUUUCAUAAGAGGACUGGACUGUUUUCGAAGGGCUGCUGUAGAGUGUGGCGUUAGAAAUCCAGAAGCACUUCUGUCCUCAUCUGUAAGAGAACAAAUUGCUACCUCCUGGCAGCUAAUGAGCCUCAGUGAACGAGAACUGGACCAAGUAGCAGGAAUGGUGGAAAAGAGCAGCGAAGAAUGUUACAGGCUUUCUCAAAAUGCAACCCUUCUGGAGGAAAUCAGCAAAGAACUGUUAAAGAUGGAUAAAACACUGCCAACAAGUCGGCCAAGCACUACUAAAGAUGGAACUAAACAGAAGCCACUUUUAAAAAGAAGACCUUGGAGCGAGAGUGAACAGACUGCUGUCAAACGCUACUUGAAUGACUUCAUCACGAGGAUGAAGGUUCCCGGCAAAAAAGCAUGCAAUGCCUGCAUAGCUGCUGAGCCAGAUCUCGGUGGAAGAUCCUGGACGGAUGUUAAAAACUAUGUCCACAACACAUUACAGACGCUGCGUAGAAGAAAUAACCAGCAGAGGUCUGAUGCGGAUAAAAACGAUUUGAAUGCAAAGAGUCCAAAAGCUCCAGACCAAACCGAAAACAUUGAUACGGAGGAGACGAGUGUUUGUACCAUGACAACUGUGAAUCCAGAUCACUUGCAAGAAAGUAGUUUAAACUGUUGUAUGGCAAUGCCAAAUGAAACAAACAUGAGAGAGUCAUCGCCAUUCUCCCCGGAGAUGUCAGCAAGUUAUACGCCGUUCUGUUCGUCGAAUACAAACAUGGUCCAGACAAGUCACCCAUUGAUGUCAGACUUCACACCACUGAAUGCUACUGAUACUCAAGUGGUUCCUACAUUUACCCCACACCACUCAACAAAUACCCUAAUGUCUCCUGUAUACACAUCAGACAACAACCACAGUCUGUCAAUGUCUUCUUUUUAUGGACAGAAUACUACAAACAUGUUGCAUUCAUCUGUGUAUACCCCAUUGGAUACUACAAGCCCACCACUAAUUCCUUCUUAUACCCAUUUUAAUACCCCAUGUACUUCAAUGGUUCCUACAUACACACCGCUAAAUACUCUAAGUGCACCAAUGAUGUCUGCAUUCACCACACUAAAUGACAGAAGUAGGCCUGUCAUGUCUUCGUUCACACCUCUUAAUCAUUCAAGUUCCCCGCCUUACCCCACCAGCCUCCCCAGCGUCCAUGCAACUGCACAGGUUGUUCCUUCAAUUCAUGAACAUGGCCUCUCUGAAAGUGCUCCAGCUGUAGAGGAAAACAAACCUGUGUCUUCUGGGAAAAAGCGAGCCCCUCCGGGUAUGAAGCCUCAAAAAAGAAACAAGCGUUUAUGGAGCGAGGAGGAACAGGCAGCGGUGAGACGGCAGUUUGGAGACUUUAGUCAGCUCGUCAAGGUGCCUGGGAAAAAGGAGUGCGAUAGAUGUUUAGUUGCCGAACCGGUACUAAGCACCAGAACAUGGAGGGAAGUUAAAUAUUUUGUACAUAACUCAAUUCAGUCACUAAAAAGAAGAGGUCAUGCUGUUGCCUCCAAACAGAAUAGACCACCGGAACCAGAGACUCAGUCUUCAAGCAAUGAUUGGGAUGCUCCCGUGUAUCUGUCCCUGUGAAUAAUUUGAAUAGACUUGAGCAAAAACAACAUGAGGACUUAAGAGGUCUGUGGCUUUAACCUUAAUCUGAUUUAAGGUGGGGGAAAAAAAAUAUUACACUUGUGUCGUCCAAUGUGUGUUGGCUGUCUGUUUGCCUUGAAUUCACUUGUCAUGUUACUUUUUGCAUUUGCAGACAGUCUUGCCGUUCUACCAGUUACAUUUUUAAAACUGUUGCAAUGUGUUCAAAAUAGUAUUCUUCAGUGAAACAAGCUUCUUCAAUGCAUGAAUAAACUGAAAGGAGGGAAAGCGAGCACGAUCGGAUUGUAGCUUAGCUACUAUCAGCUAUGUAAAGCCAAUGGCUUUGGACGUUUUUAACUUCAUUGGGGUAAAUCCUAUGACUGAAUACCUACAACAUCCCACUCGUAAACUUGUUUGAGCAGUGAUGGUUUGACUGAGAAUUAGCAUUCAGAUUUUAUUGGCACGUUACCUUUUUGAUCAUUUCGUUUCUUGUUGUACUGUUUUAAGUAGCAUUUAUAUGUAUUUUAUUAAGUGAUCCCACUAGAUUCCCUGCAUCCGACCCGAUUAAUGUGAGACGUGUACCUUGCUGUGUAUCUUUACUAUAUCCUGUCUUCAACCAGUAGCCUAUACUGUAGGUAGAAUUUUUACCUUUUUUUACACUUAUCACAAAAACAUGACAAAUCAUUUUGAUGUUUUUUUUGUCGUUGUUCUUAGUUGCUGUAGUUUUUCUUCAUGCCUAUUUGUAUUACUACAUACUUUCUAACACUAAAAAGUGAGUGUUUACUACCUUUUAUUUUAUUCUAUUUGAUGGACACUACCUUGAGUCCUGAUGUUUUUUGUUGUUGUUUUUUGCUGUUUAUCAUUAAUCUCUACUUGCUAAGAUCCAGUUGCCUUACGGUCGUGUAUUUUGUUUUAUCCCUUCUUGCCACCCAUUAUGGCAUCAAGCAUGCAACUUGCAAAUUUUGAUCUUGGCAUUAUAUAUUGUUUUCUUAGUAAGUAAUUUUUGUUUUAUUGUUUUUUUUUGUUUUUGUUUUUUUUUUUACAGAAUAACACAACAAAGUUGUGUCUUUUGAAGCGCUUCUAAAUUGAUGUAAUACAUGUGCCUGACAAAGUGGAAGAAAACGUAACUGUUUUCCUCUUCAACCGUUUGGUUGAGUAUUGAUCAGUAUUGCUAGCAUUUAAAAAAAAA